AUUGAUAUAAUAUAUGUGUAAACAGUGUAGUACUAGCAUGGUACCGUGUCAAACACAAAGUUGUAUUGUUACCUCAGAUCUGUUUGCUAGUCAGUCAUGCACUUUUUAGUCAUACUCUAGGCUUGUCUUCUCAUAAUGUGGCAAAUAAUUUAUAGAGGAAUGGAAAGAAAAGUCAGAAGAGUGAAAAUAUGGUCCUUCGCUAUGAUUUUGGAGUGAAAUGUGAUCUGUGUGUAAUGGCUCUGGACUCCUGUAGGUCUCUCAACUCAGUUCAGUAGAAACGCUUCUUCAUCCCCAGCGGAGAAAUCUGGACGAAACCAACUAGCCAAGUAGGGGAGGCUCAAAGACACUAACUAUAAAUACAAUGCAUUCAUUACGAAACACAACCACUUAGGCACUUACAAAGUAUAGCUUUAGUUAUUUAUUAAGCUUGUAUAUAGCAGUCUAACAAUAUAGCGUUAAAGCACAGUAUAAUACGUCAACUAUACGAACACGCCUCCCUCUGUCUACAAGUACAUUCAUCAAUCUGUGGGCCGAAAUUCAUACACAUUCAAUCACUGAUCCAGAUGAGCCAGCUGGGUACGAGAGAGACUCUCUGAAAGCGUACGGGGCGUUUUAAAGACCCCGAAAGUAUGAUAAUAAACUGGUUUGUUUUGAAAUAGCGAUUGGGAUUAUUAGUUAUGAGGUGUUGGAAUCCGCUGGAUGGAUGGACGGACAUUACGUGGUUUAGUGUAUGAGUGAACGGACCGGUGUGCUGAACGGGUUCAGUCAGAUCAGGUCUGAAAUGAAGAAUAUCACCCAUCUCUCUGGAACGACCCGAACUCAACGGGCCUCCUGGCUUCAAGUGUUAUUACUGAUGCUCUUUUGGACCUGUUUAAAAGCACAACAGUUAAAAAACACUAGAUGGCCUCUGUAUUCCGGCAAGCCUUUGCUUUUGGCUUGGAAUGCUCCUACUGAAGACUGCAGACCUCGACAUGAUGUCACCUUCCAGCUGGAUCAAUUCCAGAUUGUGGCGUCUCCAAACGAGGGCUUCACCAAGCAAAAUCUCACCAUCUUCUAUCAGGAUCGAUUAGGUUUGUACCCAUACUUUAAACCAGAUAGCACUCCAGUCUAUGGAGGUCUACCACAGGCUGCCAGUCUCACGCAGCACCUAGAAAAGAUGCCAGAUGGUCUCAAGAAGUACAUAAAAGACCAAGCAGUCAAAGGUCUAGCUGUAAUCGACUGGGAAGAGUGGCGGCCCCUUUGGAUACGAAACUGGGGACCUAAACUUAUUUAUCGAGACCGAUCGCAACGAUUAGUUGCUGAGAAAAACCCAACUUGGCCUCUAGAUCAAGUGACCAAAGUGGCCCAGCAAGAGUUUGAGCUCUCUGCACGAAAGUUCAUGUUGGAGACUCUUCGAUUAGCCAAAAGUUUACGGCCCCAGCAGCUUUGGGGAUACUACCUCUUUCCUGACUGUUACAACCACAAUUACCAAACUAACCUGCAGAACUACACGGGACAGUGUCCGGACAUCGAGGUGAGCCGGAACAAUGAACUGAAGUGGCUGUGGACAGAGAGUACAGCUCUUUAUCCUUCAGUGUACAUGGGGAAAAUCCUGAAGGACAACCCGAAAGGACGGCAGUUUGUGAGGAACCGGGUGAAAGAGGGGAUGAGAUUGGCGUCAGUUGGGGAUGGAUCUGCUCGACCGGUGUUUGUCUACACACGGCCCACUUACCUAACCAACAUGACUAGCAGCAAUCCUGCUGAACUCCUGCUGCUGACUGAGAUGGAUCUGGUGUCAACUAUCGGUGAGAGUGUGGCGUUGGGCGUCGCAGGCGUCAUUCUGUGGGGCGACUCCACCUACGCCAGCAGUCAGGCAACGUGCUCGAGUCUGAACGAGUAUCUACGCGGGCCGCUGGGUCGAUAUCUACUAAACGUGACAUCGGCCGCUGAGCAGUGCAGUCGAAAUCUGUGCGGUUUCCGCGGCCGUUGUCUGCGCAAACAGCCCAACACGGACACAUACCUGCACUUGAGUGCUAGCACACACCGCAUUGAGCGACAGGCUAACACGCUAAAGCUAACGGGACAGAUGAGCGAAGAAGAACUGGGACGUCUGCGUGACGACUUCCAGUGUCAGUGUUAUAACGGUUACAGCGGCGAUGACUGUAGUAUAAAGGACAACGGGAAUCGAGCGGCGGCGCUCUGGACUAGCGCUUUACAAUAUUGGGUGUUACCGUUGAUUUUGAUGGGGUUUCUACACUGAAAGCUGCAACGUGGUAAGACUUUGUGCAGAUUUGAACAUAUGGAGGUCUUUAAAAUGUAUGCGUGUGGAUUUUACGUGUGGCGUAGCGGCGGCUUUUUCCUGCUGCACUGGAGGAUGAACUGCACUGGGCGUUAUGUGUUGUUUUUUCGGUGUAAGCCAAUGGUCAAAUUUUAAAAAAAAUGUAAACGUUUAUAAUGCUCUCCAUGGCUGCUUUUAUUUGAUCAAAAUUACAGUAAAGUUGUUAUUAAAUUGUAUUGAAUGUG